GAGUGAUUAACUACACAUGCAUAUGAAAUAUUUAGAUCACAGCGCUCUUCUCUGUAGAUACUAUAUUGUUCGAUCAUAGCAUAACCAAAAUUUUCAGUGCCGUUCCGCUGCAUAGAAAUUGCGUCUAGGUGGGCUAAUUAACUUUACCUGAUGUCUCGGCGUGUCCUUAUAGUUGGGGGUACCGGAUUCCUCGGGAGAGCCAUGUGCCGCAAAGCCGUCCUUUCGCAGUGGGAUGUGAUAAGUAUCUCACCGUCUGGGUUGCAUCCCCACUCCGCCAACGAGAGUGAAUGGAUGUUUUCACGUGAGUGGGUGGAGGAAAUGAUGAAUUGGAAUCAAAGCAAUCUGGUGCACGACAGCUCAGAAGUGCUAGAGAGCAAGUUUGCAGGUGUGGAUGCCGUUAUACACUGCGCUGGUACUUUCUCGCACGAACGUUGCUACGAUAUCAACUAUAUGACUCUGGUCCGGUCUCUGAAACUGGCCCGAAAGGCGGGUGCCUCGCAUUUCGUCUAUAUCUCCGCAUUUGAUGGUAUGAGGAUGUUCUAGAGAGUUCAGAAACGCACGUUUUCCGGUUUAGAUUGUAUGUUGAAGUGGUCAACAUAUAUGGGUUAAAAAAUAUAAAUCGGACCCUGAUCCUACUUAUAGUACGGUGAAUACACGCGUGGUUCAAAUCUACACAUCUCGUCGUGUGUUGACCGGAA